CUGGGAGGACAGAUAAAUCCAUUUUCUGAGUUUCUAUGUGGGGACAAUUUUAGAGCCCAGCAAGGCUUUGAGACACUCUGAAGAUGAGCACCAACCUCAGCAUGGGGAGCCAGCUCCUCUGGCAGGGGCCAGUGUGCGUCGGCUGGGGGCAGAAUCUAGAAGGGGCGGUCUACCAACUGGCCAACUGCUUCUUGCUCCUGGGCUUCAUGGGGGGCAGCGGGGUGUAUGGAUGCUUCUACCUCUUUGGCUUCCUGGGCACGGGCUACCUGUGCUGCUUGCUGUGGGGCUGGAUCUAUGCCUGUGGCCUGGAUAUCAUCCUCUGGAGCUUCCUGCUGGCAGUGGCCUGCCUGCUUCAGCUGGCCUACCUGGUAUACCGUCUGCGUGAGGACUCUCUCCCCAAGGAAUUCGAUCUCCUCUACAAGACACUGUGCCUGCCCCUGCAGGUGCCCCUACAGACUUACAGGGAGAUUAUUCACUGCUGCGAAGAGCAGGUCUUGACUCUGGUCACUGAGCAGACCUAUGCCGUGGAGGGUGAGACACCCAUCAACCGCCUAUCCCUGUUGCUCUCUGGCCGGGUUCGUGUGAGCCAGGACGGGCAGUUUCUGCACUACAUCUUUCCGUACCAGUUCAUGGACUCUCCCGAGUGGGAAUCGCUGCAGCCCUCUGAGGAGGGGGUGUUCCAGGUCACUCUGACUGCCGAGACCACAUGUAGCUACAUUUCCUGGCCCCGGAAAAGUCUCCACGUUCUUCUGGCCAAAGAGCGAUACAUCUCCCGCCUCUUCGCGGCUCUGCUAGGCUAUGACAUCUCAGAGAAGCUCUACGCUCUGAAUGACAAACUCUUUGCUAAGUUUGGGCUGCGCUUCGACAUCCGCCUCCCCAGCCUCUACCACAUCCUGGGUCCUGCUGCCCCAGAUACCAGGCCAGAGUCUGAGAAAGAUGAUGAGGAAGUCCGUGAGCCAGCUGUGUCCUCUCCUCAGGCCAUGCCCACAUCUGUCCAGCAAACACCCCCUUGCACUCCCCCUCCAGCUGCCACCAACCCUCCUGCACCUGCUUCCCGUUGGACCAGGAUGUCCAGGCCCGACAGUGGUGUCCUGGGUGAGGACUCCACCAGUCUGGUGCUGGAGGAUUUUGAGGAGGUGUCAGGAUCAGAAUCACUUAUGGAUUAUAGGAGUGAUGGGGAGUACAUGAGGUGAGGGGAGAACUAAUGUGGGCACACCGCCAGGCUCAGGAUCCUGUGUAAGUACUCAGAAGGCAGCUGAGCCUGCCAACAGCUGGCCUUAACUCAGUUUGUAAGAGCAAAUAGCCAUUUCAUGGAUCCUGUCCUCUCAGAGGACUCUGGAAACUGGCACUAACCCAACCUUUUGGAUAGCAACUCACUUGGGGUGCAUGCAAGUCAUGAAGGGAUUUUUAACUCAUUUGUUAUUAACAGUCUUUGCAUUUUGGAAAGUGGGCUGGUUGACAUUUUGAGCAGGCAGGUAGGUUGUUACAUUUUUUGCCAGGUUGUGCUAAUAAAUCAGGCCACAGCUAGGGCUGAAAGGGAUUUUAAUUGUAGCACACAUUCUAAAGGGGGGAAAAAACCUUGGCAUAGUUCUAAUUCCAAUUGGAUUGUUUUCCUGGCAUAGAGUCAGUCCUGGAAAGCAGUUGUUAUUUAGCCUGGACUGGGCAGGCAUCUCUGUUAAAAUUGCAUAUUUCAGAAAGGCUUGUGAUUACGGGCUCAUAACUAACCCUGGGGGGUAAAUGUCCCCACCUUGUUUUCCUCUCCCCUGGUGGAGAAUACGUUGAUUUCUCAGGCAGAGAACUGGAUACCACUCUGACUAAAUGUCACUAUGAUUGGAUAGGUAGACCGAGGUCUGGAUUUUCCCAGCAAACCACACCUAUGGAGGAUGGAGUGGGCAUUAAUCUGGGCCUAAUGGUACAAGCAGAAUUUCCCUCACAGCUCUGGAGAGUGUACAAGAAAGGCUGUGUGUGGUAGUUUUGGGGAACUGUUUGCACAUUCCCCUGGCUGCUCUCAUAAGCUGGGACAUUUUCCUCUGGGAUUCCACCUAAACUUGAUGUAGGCCUGAAUUGUCCUGAGGGAAAUUUCUAAAUUUUCCAAUUUACAAGGCCUUUCCAAAGGAGGGGACCCUUCAGAGACCCACCAUUCUUUGGGAAGCACCAACAAAUUUUCUGAGGAACUGGCCCAGUGAGGAAGGCUUCCAGGGCACAUGAAAGGAAUGAGUAGAUUGUUUGUAUAUUUUGAAAAAUAAGUUAUAUAAAUGAUGAAAGAAACAAGAGAGGUAAAUAAUAUUUAUUUUAAGAGAUUAAAGGUUUGGGUUCACAGAUAGGGAAUUUAUAAUCUGCUGUGGUACCUGUAAUCCUGGAACCUGAGUUAAACUGGUUCUGGGGUGAUUCCAAGGAUCGAGCGCCCGUGAUCACUUUUGACUACAGCUCUAUAGCAACAUGCCAACUUUCAUCGUAUCUUUCCUACUGGGCUGAUUCACCCUCCUACUUGUUUGCCUCUUGUUUUAGUUUGCUAGGCUGCUGAAAGAAGGUACCGCGAAAUGGGUCAGGUUUAAACAAUGGGAGUUUAUUCACCUACAGUUUGAAGCUAUGAGAAUAUCCAAAUCAGGGCAUCAUCAGGGAGAUGCUUUCUACCUGACGACCAGCUGCUGGCGAUCCUUGACUCCCUGUCACGUGCCAAGGCACAUGGCGGUGUCUGCUGGUCUUUCCCUUCUGUUCUGGGUUUCGUUGCUUUGAGCUUUUUGCUUCCAUGAUUUUCUCUGUUUUUGUCUGAAUCUGAUUCUCUUAUAAAGGACUCUAGUAAGAGGAUUAAGACCACCCUGGACCAAGCCUUAACUGAAGGUCCUACUUAGAGUAGAUUUUCACCCACAGGAAUGGAUUAGCUUUAAGAACAUGAUUUUCUGGGGUACAUAUAAUUCCUAACCACCACACCCCCCAUCCAGGCAUUACCUCCUAUGAAUCCCUCUCUUUGUCCAAUGUGCCUACCCUCCUAUACACUCUUAUGUCACAGCAGCUCUGUUUUCUCAUGCUGUUCUUACUAUUUUUCUUCUCUUUUCCUUGUUCUAUAUGUUCUCUUCUUUCUGCCUUCAGCUCUGUCCUUGGCUGCCUGAGUUUACUGCUCAUAAGUGUCCUUUUUCUUCUUCUCAGUUCAAUACCCCUCUCCAUUUGUCCUCCGUGUUCUCUCCUGUUUCUUGUUCACUUAUUUAUCUCUCUUGUUACCUUAUUUUCCUUUUUAUCUACUUCCCUGCUUUGCUCUAUUCUUCCCCAUAAACUACCUUGUACCACCAUCUUAUUCAUUUUUUAAAAUAACUCUUCCAAGAUCAGAAUCUUUCCCUCUGUCUAUUAAAAAAACCAUUCAAGUAAAUGUGUGAAAAUUUCCCAUGUUAGAUGGCUACACAUUUCAUGCAUGAGUUUUCCAAAUGUUAGCAGGCAGACAGCAAGUCCUGGCUUCUAUGUCUGGCUCUGCUGCUGAGCAAACAUGUGACUUUUUGCAAAUCAUACAACUUCUCUGGGCCUCAAUUUCUUCAUUUGAGGGUUGAACCGGCUGGCUUUCAAGGGCCCUCUUGGAGUUAUGUGAAAAGGCAAAGGAGAGUUUUUCAGAGGAAUAAAAAGAAACAGUCAGCCAGCAAGGCAAUGGACACAAGCCCCAGGACAUCUGGCCGGCAGCCUGAGUGUCUUUCAGCAAGAGCUCUCUGAUAUACUUCACCAAGACUUCUCUGGUGACGUGGGGCUGCCUUCGCCCUGGUGGGUACUGGGUCCUGCUUACGCUGUGAAGAAUUCAUCACCUACCAUGUGAUAAGGAUAUAGAUGUUCUAUGUGAAGAAAGGUCACAAUUCAGUCUCCAACAUCCUCAACGCUGAAUAUUAUCAUAUGAAAUGCCUCUUGCCAAAUUCAACCUUUUCUGAAUCUCAAAACAAAAAAUGCUAAUAUUACUUACUUUCUAAAUUACUGGUAUGUGCAAUAUAAAGAGUUGGUUUAAUAGAAAGAAAUGAAAAUAUAUAUACAUUCCAAACGACUGAGUUUUCAGAACAACUAGAAAACAUGAUCAUAAUUGGCCAAAUUUCAGUCAGCGUUUUAUUUACUCUGUGAUAAUGGGAAAAUUUAAAACAGAUCUAUUUCUGGAAUUGUGUUUUGUGUGUUUGGUUUGAUUUAUUCUGUUGUCAGACUCAUUCUAGGAUUAUUAUUUUAAUGGAUAAGUUAUACAUUUCUUUGUGAUUGUGGCAAUCUACUAUAAUUUCCUUUAUAAAGCAUGGCACAAUUCACCAUCUCUUCCCUGACUCUUCAGUUACCAAAAUUUUAAGCUCAUUGCUAUUCAUCCCAGCACCCGGACUCCAAAAAAGGCAUAAAGUUGGUUGAAUUCUGUGUCUUUAAGAGUGACACAGCUUCAUCACACAGACAUCAGAUCUUGUCUUUCAGACUAAUCCAAUUUAAGACCAACUAAAAAUAGUCAGGGCUUUCACUGAAGCUCUUUUUUGAAGAGAAUACUUUUUUUGGUCUGCUGGUACCCAAAAUUGAGUGUAAAUAGGUGCUACUUCUCUUAACAGGUAAAGCAUUGCUGCUGGACAAUAUAUUAACACAGAAUCUUAGAGCCAGACCCCAUAUUAACCCUUACUUCACUAAGAUUUUUCAGUUUGAUUCCAUGGGUACUCUUUACAACCUUCCAUUUGUCCUCUUACUCGUAGGAGAUGUUCAGUCCACACUUGCUAAAUGAAUAAAGGACUCAUCUUUUAGAAAUGCAUCUCCGAGGUGGUUAGAGAUUAUAAUACAGAGGCCAGUUGUGGUCAGGGAAGGAGCCCAAGGCUAGGAUAUAAUACCAAGGGUCAGAGAACCAAUUCAGCAAACAUUUAUUAUCUGCUCUAUGUUUCAGGCACUGUGCUAGGUAGUCACAUGAGAAGGAGUUGAAAGAAUUGAAGAUGUUUAAUCUGCAAGAGAUGGGCAAAUGUAAUAUUUUCAAAUUUUAAAAAAGAAGGGAAAUUAGAAUUUGACUUAAUUCAGUGUAUAGUUCUUGGUAGAAAUUGAAUUAAAAGCUGAGAGUUACAAGGUAAAAGGUUUCAGCUCAGUAUUAAUAAUGAAUUGCCCUGUUGGGGUAGUGAGUUACUCAUCAUUGGAAGAGUUCAAGCAGGAACAAGAAGAAAUUUUCUCAACAAUAC